AUGGCGGUCCCACACAAUGCUCAGUCUGCCGCACUGCUCGCCCACGUCGCGGCACAAUUGCAGCUCAAUAUCUCCUUCCUGGAAUCUCAGAACUACAUGUCUGCUGAAGACGCCGACAGCAUGCGUGAAAUAAUAUCACGCCUGCCCGGCGGCACAGGCCAGUCGGUUGUGACCACCAACUUUAACGUUAUCACUCCAGCAGUCAUGACUAGAGCCAUCCCGCCUCCAUCUGUACAAGCGCCCGCGGUAUCGCCAAUUUCCUCCCAGAAACCUAGAUUCGCGAAAGCGAUCUGGUCAUACAAUGAGGACGGGGGAGAACCAAAUGAUCUUUCAUUCGCUGCUGGCGAACUCAUCGAAGUCAUCUCGGAGAAGAACGAAGAUUGGUGGCUUGGUCGCGCACGUGGUCGGGAGGCUCUAUUCCCAUCUAACCAUGUCGAGAGCGUAGACAUCCCCCAAGCCGAUGCAGUUACGACAACUGCAAAGAAACCGUAUAGGCCAUUUGGCGCCGCUUUGCAUGGGGUUGAUCAGCCUCCCGCUGCAGGUGUAGGCGUCAACUCUGUUGGUCUGCAGGAAGCAUCUGGUCAGGCAGACAAGAAGAAUAAAUUCGGAAAGUAUGGUAACACGAUGGCCCACUCAGCCGCAGGAGGCGCUGGGUUUGGUGCUGGUGCUGCCAUUGGCGGUGGUUUGAUCAGAGCAAUUUUCUGA